CACUUCGUCGCCGUAAAGGGAAUAGAGGAGAAUUUCGCCGGAAAUUUCAUUCACUUUCUCGAUCUGCUACCCUAUCUCUUCGUCAUCAUGACAACAUCAAGGCGCCUUGCAGACAGGAAAGUGGGGAAGUUCGAGAGGAACAUAAAAAAGAGAGGAGCUGUGCCUGAAACAACAACAAAGAAGGGGAAAGAUUAUCCUGUUGGUCCUGUGUUGAUUGGUUUCUUCAUAUUCGUGGUCAUUGGAUCAUCACUCUUCCAGAUUAUCAGGACAGCAACAAGCGGUGGCAUGGCAUAAGUCUAGCCUAUAACCCAUGGUAAAGAAUUGCAGAGAAGACAUGUUAUGUUUCUUUUUCUUUAAGUUUUGUAGCGAACCGAUGAUGUAUUGACCAUAUAUGUUUAACUUGUGUUGUGACUUAUCUGAAUUUGAAUAAAGCCUACCUUUCUUGUCUC